AUGCCUACACUGGGUGCACUUCGCUUGAUGGGCAUUCUUAACAAUCCUCAGAUGCCUGCGUCAAGCGAGCCGGGAAUGAUUGAGAAGGGCGGGGCUAAGGCCCACACCAAAACCAAUCUGCUACGCCAACGGAAGGAGAUCCCAAAGUCCGCCUACAUACAUGGAGAACCACGAGCUCCACAAUCCCCCCCCGUUUCUCUGCCCCCCGCACCUUCCCCCACCUUGUUCAACCAAGCUCAGCCCGCGAUCAACUUCACGCAGCUUCAACCAGAAGAUCGAUGCCACUGUGUUCUGCGACUCGUCGGUCCGCUCAUGGCCUGCGUGCUCCUCCGCACGACCGUCUGUUGGAGCUUGCAAGCCUGGAGGAACCAGUGCCGGUCGCGCGAUCAGAUUGACUGGAAUGAUCAGGUUUUCCUCCUCACCGGCGGCAGCAAUGGUCUGGGCAAGGUACUCGGGGAGACCUUGCCGUCAAAUACAUGA